AUGACAGCCAACACCUACUAUUCCUACCAACACAACCUCAAGACGUUCUUUCCGACACAUUCUUCGAACAUGACAGCUCCCCUUGAACGCGGCAAAGCAUGCUCUCGAUGCAGGUUACGUUGCGAUGGACAGCGUCCGGCAUGCGGCCAAUGUGUGCGUUCCGAACGUGCGGAGGAUUGUGAGUAUCUCGACGGACCAGGACCAACGCAGAAUCAACUCCUCGAAGGCGAAAUCGCACGUCUCGAAGGGCAAAUCGCUCGGCUCUCAGCGGGAUCGGCGCCGGUGACACUGCACGAUCCUUACGCCGCCUGGUAUCAGGCGCAACGGAACGCCCAAACCCAGCAGAACGCGAACGAUCCCACGCGCACCUUGAUCCAACAUUUUGUUAGGCAUGCGACUGAGUUCGGGUUCUUCUUGGACAUCUCUCGCUUCUUGGACAAGGUUUUCACGCAUUCACCGAGCCGUAGUCAGAGCAUGGGGAUCCUUCUGAAAGUCAUCUAUCUCAUUGGGGCAAAGCUUUCCAAUGUUCCACAGAUGCUGGCUCAGGAGCAGGCGUACCUCACUCGUGCCCUUCAAGUCCUUCCGACGGCGCUCCCCGAAGAUCCCCGUAGUGCAAUCUACGUCAUGCAAGCGGAGGUCCUUCUGGCCAAUUACUUCUUCAACAACAAUCGCCAGCUUGAAGGGGUUUACCAUACAAAUGCUGCGGUAUCUAUCGCCAUGGCUUCCAAGCUGCACAUCAUUCGCUCGGCUGGUCGCAGCAGGAGUGGCGACUCCUCAACAUAUCGACUUCCUCCUCCCGCUGAUGCUCUUGAAGAAGGCGAACGUAUCAACGGCUUCUGGACUGUAUUCGUCAUGGAUCGCUGCUGGGCGGUCGCUUCAGGAUCCACACCCGCUUUCACGGACGACGAAGCCUCAGGCACUCAAAUCGAUACGCCAUGGCCUAUGGAAUUGUCUAGAUAUCAAAGCCAUCCUUUGCCGUCCGACCUCCGUACAAGGAACACAGUGAGAUCCUUCAUCGCGGGUAGCGACAGCGAUGCGAACAUGGCAGGCCAGAGCCUUCUGGCGAUUCACGCGAAAGCGGCGAUAUUGUAUGAGAGCGCGGCACGGCUUGCCUCGCGGUACAAUCCCUACGAAUUAGCAUCUCAAGCGAGCUUCUUGUCCCUGGACAACCGCAUCGAGCGCUUCAAGCAGGCCUUGCCUCGGAUCGAGCAGUUCGACCCCUCGCGUGCAGACUUCGUCCGACAAGCGUUACUCACCCACACGCUAGCGCACUGCGCAACCAUUCAGUUACACACGCCGCUCGUCCAGCAGGGGGUUACCGCGAACAGCCGCACCUGUCAAGCCGCACAUGCUGCAGUGAGGAACUUGAAUUCGCGUCACGUCAGCAGUGCUCCCAUCCUGUACUGUGUGAACCCGUUCAAUGGGAUCUUAUGGCCGUCGGUGGCUAGGGUGCUCUCCCAGGGGAUCUCAACUGCAAGACGUCAGAGGGCCGCAGGUGCCUCGGGGUCCUCGCAGGGCAUGCCGGACGAAGGCACGCUCCAGUCAGACUUCCAGAGGGUGGUGGCUGUCAUGAACCAGAACGCGGCAUUCUCCCCGUUGAUGAGUAUGUCUUGGACACUGCUUCUUUGUGAUGAUCGAAUGAUACAUUGCUCAUGCCCAUCUGUUCUCUGCUCGACAGGUACACAGGUUGGGACACUUCUCCCAGCGCGCUCGUCUUGA